AGCCAGGGGGGAAGACGACCCAUGAGCUCGAGGCUCUCGUCUCCCUCGGUUCGGCGCGAUUUAGUUUACUACCCGGGCGAGAAGGCGACGCAGUGUCGUUCUUCUGGAUCACGAGGAACGAUCCGAAACAGGCGAACAGUGAUCCACGGGAUGAAUACACGUAAACCGAGGAGGGACUCGGAUGUCCUGUUGUCCAAGUUCGGUCACAAGGAGUUCCUCUUCAAGUUCCUCGUGAUUGGUGACUAUGGCGUCGGGAAAACAGCGCUCGUCAGAAGAUAUACAGAAGGAAGGUUCACAUCAAAUUACAAGAUUACCAUAGGAGCCGAUUUCGCGAUAAAAACGCUCGAUUGGGAUCCUCACACUAAAAUAAACUUGCAACUAUGGGAUGUCGCGGGCCACGAGAGGUUCGGAUAUAUGACCAGAGUUUAUUACAAGUAUGCAGUGGCUGCAGCUUUGGUUUUCGACAUCUCGCGAGUAGCGACGUUCCAGUCGAUAAAGAAAUGGCUCUCCGAUCUGAGGGAAAAGGUCACGCUGCCGGAUGGAACAAAUAUACCCGUAGUUCUUUUGGCGAAUAAGUGCGACGUCCCUUGUCCGGUGGUACCAACCGAGCAAAUCGCAAAAUUUUGCAAGGAGAACGACAUAGGCGCCUGGUAUAUAACUUCUGCUAAAGAAAAUACAAAUAUCGACGUGGCGAUGCGAUAUUUAGUGGAAAACGUGCUCAAAUCGAAAAUCGACGGAGGAGUGCGCGAUUCCAUCAGGCUGCGAGACAAGCCUGCGAUUCGAGACAAAAAUCCUUGUUGUAAAUCCUAAUCGAUGCACGGAUUACAGAAAUCUCAUUUAUGGUAUCGCCGUCCUCAUCCCAAAGAGUUAACCUUUUUUUUUUUAUACAAAUUUUUACCCGUUUUACAUCCAUAUAAAAGAGACUGAAAAUUACUCGCGUGCUCUUAGGUAUCGUAUAUGUAGUCGUGCGAGAUAUACGCGCGAGUUCCAAGCGAAAAGGAAAGGUACAACGUGUACAAUAAAAACAAGUUUUU